AAUAAGUAGAGCACCAGUUUGUAAAUAAUUGUAACGAAAACCGUCCAUUUUUCUCAUUGCGGGUCCAUCGGCAAGCAGCAAAAUAAACUAAAGCAACCGGUUUCAGGUCAAAAGUCGGGUUUUUUUCCUCAGUUCAAUCUUCUUAUGGCGGCGGCGGUAGUAGCGGAUACCCGAAAGCUUCCCCGGCCGGGUCGGGGCGGAGUAGUAUCCCUCGGCUUAACAGAAGAAGAAUCCAGAGUUCGUGCUAUAACAGAGAUCGUCAACAACAUGGUUGAACUCUCACGUAAAGGCAAAGAUGUUGACCUAAAUUCCCUUAAAUCAGCAGCUUGUCGCAAAUACGGGCUUUCUAGGGCACCUAAAUUGGUAGAGAUGAUUGCUGCUUUACCUGACUCGGAACGUGAAUCACUGCUUCCUAAACUCCGAGCCAAGCCUGUACGUACAGCUUCGGGUAUAGCUGUUGUUGCUGUUAUGUCUAAGCCUCAUCGGUGUCCGCAUAUAGCUACGACGGGGAAUAUUUGUGUGUAUUGUCCUGGUGGACCUGAUUCUGAUUUUGAGUAUAGUACACAGUCGUAUACUGGAUAUGAACCUACUAGUAUGCGGGCUAUUCGAGCUAGAUACAACCCUUAUGUACAAGCUCGAGGCCGGAUUGAUCAACUUAAGAGAUUGGGCCACAGUGUUGACAAGGUUGAAUUCAUCUUGAUGGGAGGCACAUUCAUGUCAUUGCCAGCAGAGUACCGUGAUUACUUCAUACGGAAUCUUCAUGAUGCUUUAUCUGGACAUACUUCUGCCAACGUUGAAGAGGCUGUUGCAUACUCUGAACAUGGGGCGACAAAGUGCAUUGGGAUGACAAUUGAAACGAGGCCAGACUACUGCCUUGGACCUCAUCUGAGGCAGAUGCUUUCUUAUGGUUGUACGCGGCUAGAAAUUGGAGUCCAGAGCACAUAUGAGGACGUUGCUCGUGACACCAAUAGAGGCCACACUGUAGCAGCUGUGGCUGAUUGCUUUUGUUUGGCAAAGGAUGCUGGCUUCAAGGUGGUUGCUCAUAUGAUGCCUGACCUUCCAAAUGUUGGUGUUGAAAGAGAUUUAGAGAGUUUCAAAGAAUUCUUUGAAAGUCCUUCAUUUAGGGCAGAUGGACUUAAAAUUUAUCCCACACUUGUUAUUCGUGGCACGGGACUUUAUGAACUGUGGAAAACUGGAAGGUAUAGAAAUUAUCCACCAGAGCAGCUUGUAGACAUUGUAGCUAGGAUUCUUUCUAUGGUGCCACCUUGGACACGUGUUUACAGGGUCCAACGUGAUAUCCCUAUGCCUCUAGUGACUUCUGGAGUUGAGAAAGGGAAUCUCCGAGAAUUGGCUUUAGCUCGAAUGGAUGAUCUUGGCUUGAAAUGCCGAGAUGUCCGAACACGUGAAGCUGGGAUCCAGGACAUUCACAACAAGAUAAGGCCUGAAGAAGUUGAGCUUGUUCGCCGUGAUUAUACAGCAAAUGAAGGAUGGGAGACUUUCCUUUCAUACGAAGAUACACGUCAGGAUAUUCUUGUUGGUUUGCUACGGCUGCGGAGGUGUGGACGGAAUGUGACUUGCCCAGAACUAAAGGGAAGGUGUUCAAUUGUUCGUGAGCUUCAUGUGUAUGGGACUGCAGUUCCUGUUCAUGGUCGAGACACAGAUAAACUGCAGCACCAGGGUUAUGGUACUCUGCUGAUGGAGGAGGCCGAGCGAAUUGCCCAGAGGGAGCAUAGGUCGACCAAAAUUGCUGUUAUCUCGGGUGUCGGAACCCGGCAUUACUACAGAAAGUUAGGCUAUGUACUUGAAGGUCCUUACAUGGUAAAAAGCCUCGUGUAGAAGUAUGCUUGUUAUUUUGCUGCAAGGUCUUACUCCUUGCGACAAAUUUUGUAUCACGGUAGAUUGUAUUUUAAAUGGUACGCAUAUUUCAAUGCUGGUAAUGACAAGUAUCGUUUCCUUCUC